AUGGAAUAUGGAUGAAAAGUAUUCUCAAGUAUGCCAAGCGCAAGAGUAGGAGGUACUAGCCCAUAUGAUCUGGGGCUCAUAAGGCAUAGCCUAGAAUGUCUAACGGUCCUUUUGCGGUGUGUUUGGAGCACAAAAUGAGUUCCGUCUUCGAAAAGCAGCUACAGGAAAUUGCCGAUGAGCUGCGCAACCCAUUCAAUGGUCAGAAUGAUGUCGAUUUUAGGAAUAUUCUCGAUUUUAUGGUAAAAAUGUGGCGGGACGAUCAAAAACUGAAGGAAACUUGUACAAUCAACUCAAUAGUCUUUGGAAGUGGCGGGCACGGCAUUCGCCUGUGCAGCGACAACAAGUACGACGUCAUGAUGGAGAUACAGUUCCCCUCCUAUGAGAAGAUUAACGUGAGAAAGGACCAGGACCGGCCGGGGAUCUGCCAUUUGAAUUUCCAGAAUGUGCCCUGCAGCAAGUUUGUGUUGGACAAUCUGCUGACUGAUGCAUCCGAGCUGAAACGAGAGGAUGUCCAUGCCUGGAUGGAGGCCAUCCUCGACAAAGCCCAUGGCGCCACUGUCAGGGGCAGGCGUGAGAUCUACAUGCUGCGCUACAAGAGGCGCAACAACUGCCACACCAUCCAUGCCAUAGCGAGCGCCCGCGAGUUUUUCAUUGAUUUCGCGCCAGCCGUAAAAAUUAUAUCGAACGGAUCCAGGUGCCAGGCUCUACCGAAGGCGGCGCCUGGCCCGAAGAGAUCCAAGGCCACCACGUUCUUGAUGAUCGCCGCUGAAUACGAGCUGUCGCUGCUGGAGAAGACGGGCAAAGCCGCCAAAGAUGCAAUCCUCCUGAUGCAGGCUCUGUGCAUUGCGAAGGACUUGCCCAAGAUUCGUAACUAUCACCUCGUCACCACGGUCAUUCUUCUCCACCACUCGAAAGAAAUCAACCCAGAAUCAACGUUGACAACUGUUUUCCUUGCCUUGCUUCUCGACCUGUGGGAUGGCAUGGACGAUGAAUACAUUUGCUACUUCUGCUACGAAGAUCUUAGUCUUAUAAGCAAUUUCACCAAGGCCGAGUUGACGGAAUAUGCGACUGUUCUGAAGAGUGCUAUGAGGACGCUCUCCACCUAUUCGCAUCGCAAAAAACUCGCCGCGGGGAGCUGCCGCAGUUAUUUCUUCAAGUAAUAGAACAGAUUAAGAUUCAUUUAGUUAAGAUACACCGCAUACGAGUAUCGACUAGUCAUUGCUUCUGGCUGAGCCAAUCUUCUGUUCUGUGAUAAACAGGAAGAACUGUCCAGAGAGAAUUCUUUAGCUAUGCACUAAUGAAUGAACAUUAAAGGUAAACGAGAUGA